AUGGAAUACUCGCAGGAGCAACUGAACUUCUUCAGACUCUGUUGUGUAGUAUUUGAUUUGGUUCCAGAAGGACUGCGGCAAAUUUUAAAAAACGAGUGGGACUUUCUUUACAAGACGACACUCGGAGAAUGGAAAGACACGGCACAAAAUGGUCUUGAUUUCAAAAACAACGAAUCGAAAUCAAGUCACAGGAAAAAUGGCCGACUGCUUUCGACAAUACAGAAUGGUAACACGGCCGAGUGGGACUGCACCUGUUUGUUUUUUGCCAUCCUGUACUCAGACAGUAUUGGUACCACCUUAAGUCCAGCUGUCCAGAAAGAGGUCGAUGAUAUUCGUCAGGUGCGAAACGAGAUCGCCCAUAUCACUGAGGGCAAACUGGCAGAUGCCGAUUUUCAAACUUCUGUAGAUAGAGUGUUGAACGCUUUUACAUCCCUUGGUCUUGCUAUUACUGAAGUCCAAGAAAUAAAGAACCAGACGAGCUUUCCAACGACGGAAGUAGAAAAAAUUAAGAAGCAAGCCCUUGAUCUCCAAGAUGAGUUAAAACAGACGAAAUGUGACUUGAAGGAAAAGGAAAGCAGACUUCAGCGUACAGAAGCUGAUCUGGUUUCUACAAAAGAAGAGAACAGGGCUCUCACUCAGGAAAUAAAUGCGAAAUUUCAGCCAUUUUGCUUUCUCACAUCGCGUCCCCCACAUGAUAUCAUCAAGCGUUCGCAUGAUAUUGAAAGAAUUACAAACAAAAUGGCGGAGCUUUACAAUGGUGCUAACGGAGCAGUUAGCACUGUGUAUUUGUCAGGAAAUCCAGGAUGCGGUAAGAGUCAACUUGCUCGGGAAAUCGGACAGCAGUUUUAUUCUGAACGAAACGAUGACGUUAAAGAAUUGAUCUUUGUUGCGACACUGAACACAGAAAGCAUUGAAACAGUUGCUGACUCUUACCUUACCCUUGCCAAACACUUACAGAUGACUGAAUACGCCUUGAAAGAGUUAGAAUCUUUAAAAAGUGAAAAGCCUCUUGAAGCAAUUCAGCAGCUCCAUCGGUUCAUCAUACCGAAAGCCAGCAAGUUUACCAAAUGGCUUAUUAUUGCGGACAAUGUAAUUGACUUGCGUUUAGUCCGCGGCUUGCUGCCUCAAACAGGCAGCGUGGAAUGGGGCCAUGGUCAAGUGUUGAUUACCACUCAAGAUAGUGGAAUAAUUCCUCAAAACGCGCCUCAUACGUAUCAUGAAUCUUUAAGUAAAGGACUAAAGUUAGAUGAGGCGGUAAAAUUGCUGGAAACACUAACGCAAAUUUCAAAGCGAGGACGAGAAGAAAUUGUCGCAGAACUUCUCGAUUUUCAGCCACUGGCCUUAGCUGCUGCUGCUUAUUACGUGCAAACUGUUGUAAAAAGUGGGUCUUUAAAUUAUGAUUGGAAAGCUUACCUCGACGACAUAUCAACAUACGGCCAAAGAAAUGAGAUUGAAAGUGUCCUUGCGACUGAGAGUUCAGCAUAUUCUAAAACAACAAUGGCCGCUGUAGAAAUGGCCAUCAAGAGAGCUGCUGACGUUGACGAGGUUCUUCGUCUGACAUUUUCUUUUCUUUCUCUAUGCGCUAAAGACGAUCACCCCCUCGAAACUGUUUCAAAGUUCGUCAAAGCCCAAGUGAAAGACCCGCCAGGGGAGUUAAUAAAGGCAAAGAUUGCAAAGUCUUCUUUACUUCUUGUUUAUUCCGAAGAAGGAAAUAAACCAUUAACUUAUUUGCGCUUGCAUAAAACUGCGUAUGAAGCUUUGAAGCAAGCCAAAACGUUAAACCUAAAAUCAUGGGAGAGUGACAAGUAUAUGGCAGAAGCGGUAAAGAUUUUCAAGUCUGAACUUGAAGCAAAUGACGAAAAUUAUGCGUUUUGUAAAAAAUUGAGGCCCCAUUGUGAAUCUUUACUUAAUCACAUGACGUCAGAGUUCAGUUUGGAUCAAUGCACUUUCAAAGAAAGGCUCACGCCCUUCGUAGAUUUGGAUAUUGUUAUCGAUUGGCUGUCUACAAUUGCCAGUGUCUGUCUUGACAAUUCAUAUUUUUUCUUCGCGAAAAAUGUGGUCAGUUUAGCAUGCAACCUAUUGGAGGGCAUAGACGAAACUGAUUCACGAGCAUUAACUCGAAAAGCGAGAAUUCUCAACAUGAGUGGUUUAGUAUACCUGAAACUGGGAAAACACAAUCAAGCUAAAGAACUUCACGAAAGAGCACUUGUGACUCGCAAAAAGAUUUUUGGUGAAGAUCAUGCCGAUGUAGCAACAAGUUAUAACAACUUGGCAUCAGUGUACGACAGCCUAGGAGAAUACAAUGAAGCCAAAGAACUUCACGAAAGAGCACUUACGAUUUGGAAAAAGAUCUUUGGUGAAGAUCAUGCCUCGGUAGCAACAAGUUAUAACAACUUGGCAUUAGUGUACAACAGCCUGGGAGAAUACAAUCAAGCCAAAGAACUUCACGAAAGAGCACUUGUGAUUGGCAUAAAGAUUUUUGGUGAAGAUCAUGCCUUGGUAGCAACAAGUUAUAACAACUUGGCAUCAGUGUACGACAGCCUAGGAGAAUACAAUCAAGCCAAAGAACUUCACGAAAGAGCACUUGUGAUUCGCAAAAAGAUUUUUGGUGAAGAUCAUGCCUAUGUAGCAACAAGUUAUAACAACUUGGCAUUAGUGUACAACAGCCUGGGAGAAUACAAUCAAGCCAAAGAACUUCACGAAAAAGCACUUGUGAUUUGGAAAAAAAUUUUUGGUGAAGAUCAUGCCAAUGUAGCAACAAGUUAUAACAACUUGGCAUUAGUGUACUACAGCCUGGGAGAAUACAAUCAAGCCAAAGAACUUCACGAAAAAGCACUUGUGAUUUGGAAAAAGAUUUUUGGUGAAGAUCAUGCCGAUGUAGCAACAGGUUAUAACAACUUGGCAUCAGUGUACAAAACCCUGGGAGAAUACAAUCAAGCCAAAGAACUUCACGAAAAAGCACUUGUGAUUGGCAAAAAGAUUUUUGGUGAAGGUCAUGCCGCGGUAGCAACAAGUUAUAACAACUUGGCAUCAGUGUACGACAGCCUAGGAGAAUACAAUCAAGCCAAAGAACUUCACGAAAAAGCACUUGUGAUUGGCAAAAAGAUUUUUGGUGAAGAUCAUGCCGAUGUAGCAACAAGUUAUAACAACUUGGCCUUAGUGUACAGAAGGCUGGGAGAAUACAAUCGAGCCAAAGAACUUCACGAAAAAGCACUUGUGAUUCGCAAAAAGAUUUUUGGUGAAGAUCAUGCCGAUGUAGCAACAAGUUAUAACAACUUGGCAUCAGUGUACAACAGCCUGGGAGAAUACAAUCAAGCCAAAGAACUUCACGAAAAAGCACUUGUGAUUCGCAAAAAGAUUUUUGGUGAAGAUCAUGCCGAUGUAGCAACAAGUUAUAACAACUUGGCAUCAGUGUACGACAGCCUCGGAGAAUACAAUCGAGCCAAAGAACUUCACGAAAAAGCACUUGUGAUUCGCAAAAAGAUUUUUGGUGAAGAUCAUGCCGAUGUAGCAACAAGUUAUAACAACUUGGCAUCAGUGUACGACAGCCUAGGAGAAUACAAUCAAGCCAAAGAACUUCACGAAAAAGCACUUGUGAUUCGCAAAAAGAUUUUUGGUGAAGAUCAUGCCGAUGUAGCAACAAGUUAUAACAACUUGGCAUCAGUGUACAACAGCCUGGGAGAAUACAAUCAAGCCAAAGAACUUCACGAAAAAGCACUUGUGAUUUGGAAAAAGAUUUUUGGUGAAGAUCAUGCCAAUGUUGCAACAAGUUAUAACAACUUGGCAUUAGUUUACUACAGCCUGGGAGAAUACAAUCAAGCCAAAGAACUUCACGAAAAAGCACUUGUGAUUUGGAAAAAGAUUUUUGGUGAAGAUCAUGCCGAUGUAGCAACAAGUUAUAACAACUUGGCAUCAGUGUACAACAGCCUGGGAGAAUACAAUCAAGCCAAAGAACUUCACGAAAAAGCACUUGUGAUUAGCAAAAAGAUUUUUGGUGAAGAUCAUGCCGAUGUAGCAACAAGUUAUAACAACUUGGCAUUAGUGUACAGGAGCCUGGGAGAAUACAAUCAAGCCAAAGAACUUCACGAAAGAGCACUUGUGAUUUGCAAAAAGAUUUUUGGUGAAGAUCAUGCCUCGGUAGCAACAAGUUAUAACAACUUGGCAUCAGUGUACGACAGCCUAGGAGAAUACAAUCAAGCCAAAGAACUUCACGAAAAAGCACUUGUGAUUCGCAAAAAGAUUUUGGUGAAGAUCAUGCCUAUGUACACUGAUGCCAAGUUGUUAUGA